AUGGGCGGCGCCCGGGCGGUGGGCUGGCUGGCGGCGGGCCUGGUCCUCGCGGCCGGCGGCUGCUACCACAUUUACAAGCUGACGCGGAGCCAGCGGCAAGGCGGCCACAGGCCGCCGCUGCACCCCUCGCGCUCUGCAGAAGACUUAACCAAUGGCUCAUAUGAUGAUGUCCUAAACGAUGACCAGCUCCAGAAACUCCUCUACCUGCUUGAGUCAACUGAUGAUCCUGUAAUUACUGAAAGAGCUUUGGUCAUUCUGGGUAACAAUGCAGCCUUUUCAGCUAACCAAGUCAUUAUUCGUAAAUUGGGUGGUAUUCCAAUCACUGGAAGCAAAAUCAACCAUCCCAACCACAGUAGUAAAGAGAAAGCUUUAAAUGCAUUGAAUAACCUGAGUGUGAAUGUUGACAAUCAAGUCAAGAUAAAGGCAUACAUCAGUCAAGUCUGCAAGGAUGUCCUCUCUGGGCCCCUGGAUUCUGCUGUACAGUUGGCUGGGCUGAGAUUGUUGACCAACAUGACAGUUACCAAUGACCACCAGCACAUGCUUAGCAAGUACAUCACAGACCUGUUCCACGUGCUGCUUACAGGAAAUGGAAGUACCGGAGUUCAAAUUUUGAAACUGCUUGUGAAUUUGUCUGAAAAUCCAGCCAUGGCAGACGGACUACUUGGUGCCCAAGUGGACUCCUCAUUCCUUUCCCUUUAUGACGGCCACGUGGCAAAGGAGAUUCUUCUUCAAGUUCUUACACUCUCUCAGAAUAUAAAUAACUGCCUCGAAAAAGAAGGCUGUUUAGCUAUUCAGCCUACUUUCCCUAAAGGUUCCCUGUGUUUCCUGUUAUAUGGAGAAAAAUGUGCCCAGAAGAUGAGAGCUUUAGCUGAACACGGCGGUGCGGAUUGGAAGGAAAAGGUAACAGUCCUACCCAAGUUCUGA